UCUCUCUCUCUCUCUCUCUCUCUCUCUCUCUCUCUGUGUGUGUGUGAGUUCAGGAAACUCAGUGUGUGAGUUCAGGAAAAUGGCCGAGGCCAGUAUUUCAGUAGCUCAGGACGAGUUCAUCUGUCCAGUUUGUCUGGAUCUACUGAAGGAUCCGGUGGCUAUCCCCUGUGGUCACAGUUUCUGUAAGGUGUGUAUUAAUGACUGCUGGGAUCAGGAAGAUAAGAGCGGAGUGUAUCACUGUCCUCAGUGCAGAAACACUUUCACUCCAAGGCCUGUUCUAAGAAGAAACAACAUGCUGGCUGAAGUGGUGGAGAAACUGAAGAAGACUGAAGUCCAAGCUGCUUCUUCUGCUCACUGUUACGCUGGACCUGGUGAUGUGGAGUGUGAUUUCUGCACCGGGAGAAAAUGCAAAGCCGUCAAGUCCUGUCUGAUGUGUCUGGCAUCCUUUUGUGAAGCUCAUCUCAAACCUCACUAUGAAGUUCCUGGUUUAAAAAAGCACAAGUUAGUCAAAGCUUCUGGAAAUCUACAAGAGAAGAUCUGCUCUGAGCAUGAGGAAGUACUGAAGAUCUACUGUCGUACUGACCAAAGCUUCAUCUGUUACCUGUGUAUGACAGAUGAACACAAAAGCCAUGACACCGUCUCAGUUAAAGCAUACAGAACUGAAAAACAGAGUGAGCUAAAGGGGGAGCAGAUGAAAUCCCAGCAGAGAAUCCAGGAGAAGCAGAAGAAAGUGCAGGAACUGAAACAGGCUGUGAACACUAUAAAGCUCAGUGCACAGACAGCAGUGGAGGACAGUGAGAGGAUCUUUACUGAGAUCAUCAGCUCCAUGGAGAAAAGGCGCUCGGAGGUGACGGAGCUGAUCAGAGCUCAGGAGAAGGCUGAACUGAGUCGACCUGAACGACUCCUGGAGCAACUGGAGCAGGAGAUCACUGAUCUUCAGAGGAGAGUCACUGAGCUGGAGCAGCUUUCACACACACACGAUCACCUCCACUUCCUCCAUGAAAUAAAGGUUUUAGUCUCUGGCUGUCGUUCUCCCGAAUUUAAUAGACCAGAUUUUCAGUCUGAUCUCCGUGAGGACUCACGCAGCAUCACUGUCAGUAAACAUCUCUCAUUUGAUGGAGUGAGGAAAUCUCUCUCUGCUCUGAAUAAAAGACUCGAGGAAAUCUGCCAGGAGGAAUUCAUCAAAAUACCUGAACAUGCUGUAGCAGCUCAGAUGAUUUUACCCCCAGAACCAAAGGACAGAGAAGAUUUUCUGUACUGUGAUGCCGUGAGGUGAAGUGCUCAAGUCCCGGGGUCAUCCACGAGGCUGCCAGGGCCGUGCUAGGUGUUUCCCGAGUGGUGGGGAUCCAUUCUGCAGUCAGGCAACACCGCGGAUGCAGCCGGAGGGUGGAAUCUUCGGUUGUGUCAGACUCCUCUGCAAAAAACACACAACAGAUUAGAAUACAUGCCUUGGGAGCCCUCUCUCCCUUUGCGAGAGGAGAAUCGCCCUUUUAUACUCUCCCAUUGGCUGCUGGAUGGUGGAGAACGGCUGAGCUGAUCAUCAGCCACCAGCCAUGUGUGUGUCGGCAUCCCCACCCUGCAGCCACGCGUUCUCCUGCUGUCCAAAAUAUUGGUGGUGCUGAAGCGGAGCUGCCACUUCAGCACCACCAACAUCCCCACCCCGCAGCCACGCGUUCUCCUGCUGUCCAAAACAUUGGUGGUGCUGAAGCGGAGCUGUCACUUCAGCACCACAACAGCAGUCGUGGGAGGAGCCGGCCAGCCGCCGGCCUGUCGCCACAACAAUCUCAUACACACACGCACACACUCUCUCUCACACACACACAUACACACAAUCUAAGACACAAAAUAUUCAUAAAGCAUAUUUAGUUUAGUUAAUAACAAUGAGCAACAUUUUCUAUUGCUGAUAUUAGAUAGAUGUCAUUACUUGGACAUACAGUAUAUUCGGUAAUUACUAUCUAAAGUGUUUCCAUUUUUACAAUUUUCUUUAGAC